GGGUAGACAGUUCUAUGACUCAGUCUUAAGAUAUACGCGGUAGAGAUGACAACAUCUUCAGAACAUGUCGCGAAUUUCGGAGCGCGGUUCUGCAAUGAGCUACAAAAGGACAAAAGUUUCAUCUGCUCUCCUCUGUCAGUGGAGACAGUGGUGGCGUUAGUGGCCCGCGGGAGCAGCAACGAGUCUCGUGCAGAAAUAUUCAAGGCUCUGGACAUCCUUAAUGAAGAUGAUCUUUUCUCCACCUUCAUAUCCAUAACGAAAACCCUAGCUUCCACCACUAAUCCUUCAAAAUUUAGAACAUGCGAAGAUGUCACAUUGAAAAUCGUCAACAAAAUCUAUAUAAAGAAGGGGGCAGCACUUAAACCGGCCCUUAAGAAGGAUGCAGAAGAAGUAUUUAAUGCCAGUUUGGAACAAGUAGAUUUUAGACAUGGUAAUUGUACUGCGAAUGCUAUUAAUACAUGGGUGGCAAAUCAAACUAACAAUACAAUUAAAGAUAUUGUUUCUGCUGAGAUGUUUGACGAUAACACACAACUUGUGCUGAUCAAUGCAAUUUACUUCUAUGCUUUCUGGGAGCAUCAAUUUAACGCCGAAGAUACAUACCCAAGAGUAUUUCAUGUCAAUAACUCAAAGAAAAUCAAUAUUAAACAGAUGAGUCUGAUGGGAAAACCUUUCAAUUACAAGCACAGUGAGGAGUUAAAAGCGAAAAUACUGCAAAUGUUUUACAUUGGAGGUGAGGCCAGUAUGGUAAUAGUUUUGCCAGAUGAAAUCGAGGGUCUGAGUGAUUUGAUGAAAAACAUGGCAUCCGGGCACGAUCUGAUGGCAGAGAUCAAAAGUCUAAAGAAGAAAGAUCUUCAAGUAAUCAUACCGAAGUUUAAGGUUGAAUCUCAUAUCAACCUAAAGGAACUACUUCCUAAGAUGGGAAUUAAUUUAAUAUUUGAUCAGAAUAAGUCAGAAAUCAACAUGUUGUCAAGUGACGACCGUCUGUUUGUAUCCGAAGCCAUUCAAAAAGCUUUCAUUGCGGUGGACGAACUGGGCACAGAAGCGGCAGCAGCCACACAAAUCAUGUGGCGUAAUAUGUGUGGGCGACAUUGGACCGGAGAGACCUUUGCAGCAGACCAUCCUUUUCUCUACCUACUCACUGUCACAGCUCUGCAGAUCCCUGUAUUUUAUGGAACCUAUAAUGGAACAGCAAAUUAAAACAAUUAGGAACUGUGUAACACUACUUUUAUGUACACAAUGUGAUUGAUUGAUAAAAGACCGAUUUUUCUACACACAUUUGAUUGUAGAGAUGUAUCUAAAUACCUUAUCUAGCCCGUAGCCGAACGGCAUUUCUACGACGCGAAAUGAAAAUGAAAGGCCGCGAAAGGUAGUCUGGCUCUGUCGCGCCAAUACGCAAGAGCGAUAGAGAUAGAUAGCUACGAAAGAGAUAUUAUCGUGAGCGUUUGUGCAUUCGGCUACGCACACUGGUUUCCUUUCUGGUUGGUCGCCAAACUGUAUAUCACAGAUUAAAAUACAUCUGACUAUUUUUUAAUGUUAUAUCUUCAUCAUAUUAUACAUAAUAGCCUAUAAUAUAAGCUCAUA